GCUUCACGAACGUUGACUGAGGGGCAGCGGUCCUUUCCCUGCGCUAGAAGCCACACCAAGCGCUGCUUUCUCUGUCCACACACAACGCCUCUCUCUCUUCCUCUCUGCUACCAUGACAGCCACCCGCUGGGGGAUCUGCUCUGCUGGCAAGAUUAGCCACGAUUUCCUGGUGGCUCUGAAGACUCUGCCGCCAGAGGACCACAAGGUAAUAAGUGGAGCACAGGCCGAAGAUGGAUGGAGGGGGGCUAUUCCCACAUAUGGAACUGAAUGGGAAGCUCAAAGUGGGAAGAAUAGAAUAGAAUAGAAUAGAAUAGAAUAGAAUAGAAUAGAAUAAAAUAGAAUAGAAUAUUUAUACCCCGCCCACCUGGUUGGGUUUCCCCAGCCACUCUGGGCAGCUUCCAACAAAGUAUUAAAAUACAGUGGUCUAUUAAAAUACAGUGGUCUAUUAAAAUACAGUGGUCCUAGGGCACCUAGGACCCCCAGGUCCUCGGGAAAGAAGGGAGAACUAGAAUUAAAGAGACUGGGGUCUCUGGAGGCCCAGGUGCUACAUCAGAGGUGGGGAAUCUGUCGCCCUCCUGAUGAUGUUGGACUACAAAUCCCAUCAUCCCUGACCAUUGGUUGUGCUGGCUGGGAGUGAUGGGAUUUGGAGACCCACAACAUCAGGAAGGCCAACAGUUCCCAUCCCUGCGCCAGAUCACUGGAGAAGGCAGGUGGUUCUGUGGUUUCCAUUAUAGAUGCAGAAAAAUACGACUUCAGGCAACUUGCAGUUUGAAAGAAUGCAGCAGGGCUGGCUUUAAGGAAAGGGGGAAUUUGGAUUCCUUUAUUCAAGAAUUUGUAAACCUAGAGGCUCUCCCUGGCCUACUAACUAGACGCUCCUCCAGAUGACCUAUUUGUUGAGCAUUCAUCCUGAUUUACCGGUACUUGUGCAGCUACUAUUCACCAAUAGCUGGCAGGUUCUGUCUGAUCUGGGCAGUGGACCUCCCAUCCAUAGUUGCACUAGCCCGGUGGUUCUCAAACUUUUUUCUCUGGGCCACCCUUUCUCGUGCCACACCAGAUUUUUUAAUGAUAAGGAAUAUGUUGGAAUACAAAAAGAAACAACAAGCCGUGCUUGAUUUAUAAGAACACAGCUGCUUCAUGAUAAGAUUGCAGGACAUUCAAAAAGUAUAAAACAAUGCAGCUGGAUUGCUCUGGCCCCUAACUCAGCUGGCAGCCUCCCCUGGGAUUCAUCUGGCAGUGGGACAAGCAGUCAAGUCACAGACCCUCCAAAUGCCCCUAUUUUCCAGGGAUGUCCCUGAUCUAAAGAAGCCGUCCCGGUUUCUGUUUUGAUCCCGGAAUGUCCCACUUUUCCUUGUUGUUGUUUAGUCGUUUAGUCGUGUCCGACUCUUCGUGACCCCAUGGACCAGAGCACGCCAGGCACUCCUGUCUUCCACUGCCUCCCGCAGUUUGGUCAAACUCAUGCUGGUAGCUUCCACUUUUCCUUAGGAUGUCCCUAUUUUCAUUGAAGAAUUGUGGAGUUAACCGACCCCUGAACCGUCUGAAGGCAAUCCUGUAUAGGGAAGGGUUUCUUAAUGUUUUAUUAUGUUUUUAUAUAUGUUGGAAGCUGCCCAGAGUGCUGGGACAACCCAGUAAGAUGUGUGCAGGGUAUAAAUAGUAAAACUAUUAUUAUGGGAUGGGACGUCCCUAUUUUCAUCGGAGAAAUGUUGGAGGUAUGCAGCCACAAGUCUCUAUACAAUGUCUAAUCCAGUCGACAGCACCAGGAAAAGCAGAUAGGCUUUUGGCUUGAUCCAGUAGGCCAGGUCAUGUUCCUGGCUUCAGAUGGAGGAGGACGAGCAAAAGGCCCUCUGAAAAUAAUAGCUGCUCAGUCUGGCCAAGCCUUUCCAGAAGAAGGUGGUCUUUCUUGUGCUCCAGUCCUGUGCUGUUUUAGGGUCACUCUCUGUUCCUCUGUCUCUUGCCCCAUCCACCUCCCAGGUGGUGGCCAUUGCUUCUCGUGAGCUGAGCCGGGCACAGGAAUAUGCCAAGAACCACAGCAUCCCCAAGGCCUAUGGCUCUUAUGCAGAACUGGCUCAGGAUCCGGACGUUGGUGAGAAAGCUUCCUCGAAACCCUGGGGACAUCGGGAGGGAGGAAACUGCCUUGUUCCAAGUUAGACCAUGGGGUCCAUCCAGCUCAGGAUGGUCUACACUUGACUUGCCCCAUCUGGAGAUGCUGGAGGUGGAAUCUUUGGAUCUUCUGCAUGUGCAGCAGAUGCGCCACAUCUGUCCCCCAAGGGAGAGGGGAAAUCCCCCUCUAGCGUACGAUGUAAACUGGGUUUUGGAAUGGGAACAUCAUCCAACAGGGGUGGAGAAGCUUUUCCAACCUGGGGGCCACAUUCCCUUCUGGGCAACUUUCCAAGGGCCACAUGCCCCUGGUGGGAGGAGCCAGAGGCAAAAGUGGGCGGAGCAACCAAUAUGCAUGUUUACAUUUGUACAGUAGAGCAUUUUCUGUUGGGAAUGGAUUUAACUUUGUAGGUCUAGAUCUAAACCUCCUAUCCCACAUGCACAGGAGAAAUAGAAAACAUGCAUUUGUGAUUUUGGCUGCAAACACCACAGUUUCUACACAAACUCUCUCACCCCUUUCUGUUCUCUUUCCAAACAAGCAAGAGGCAUUGUUGGAGUUCAAGGGCAUAUUCCAGCCAAGCAAAACAUUGAAGGAGGGUGAGAAGCAAGGUCAUUGAGGAGUGGGGCUUGAGGCAAGGGGGCUCAGGGAGGAAAAGUACCAAGAGCAAAAGGGGAGGGGAGAUGGGCAGGCCCGGAGAGUCUCCGCAACCAUUCAGACUCUAGCUGCAUACAUUGGAAGCGCAUUUAAAGCACAAGAAUCCUGGGAACUGUAGCUUGCUAAGGGAGGUGUGGUAUACAGUGGUACCUCGGGUUAAGAACUUAAUUCGUUCUGGAGGUCUGUUCUUAACCUGAAACUGUUCUUAACCUGAAGCACCACUUUAGCCAAUAGUGCUUCCUGCUGCCGCCACGCCGCCGGAGCACGAUUUCUAUUCUCAUCCUGAAGCAAAGUUCUUAACCCGAGGUACUAUUUCUGAGUUAGCAGAGUCUGUAACCUGAAGCAUCUGUAACCUGAAGCGUCUGUAACCCGAGGUACCACUGUAAAUGUAUGGCUCAGCCUCUUUCUCAAGAUAAAUGUUGACUGUGGCUGAGCUCAGGAGCGAAGCUUUCCUCCGGGCUUCCCUUUCUUUUUGCAGAUGUGGUGUAUGUGGGAGUGGUGCACCCCCACCACCUGCCAGCCACCCUCCUCUUCAUCCAGGCUGGGAAGAAUGUGCUCUGCGAGAAGCCCCUGGGCAUGAACGCUGCAGAGGUCAAGAAGAUGGUGCAGGCAGCUCGGGAAAAGGAGGUCUUCCUCAUGGAGGUAAGAGGCAGAAGCGCUCCCUGAAGGCCAAAGGGGUACCAUAUGGAACUGAUGGGCUUUGGCCUGGCAUCUCCAACCCCUGCAAAGGGAGUACGAGCCCCUGGUGUGGGGCAGCAACAGGUGAAUGUUCUGAUUUGUCCUCAGGCUUGCUGGACCCGCUUCUUCCCUGCUUUGGAGAAGAUCCGCUCUCUGCUCCAUCAAAGGACUGUGGGGGAUGUGUUGGUGGUUCAAGCCGAGUUUGGUGUCCCUAUCCUAACUGUGCCCAGGGUUGUGAAGAAAGAUCUUGGUGGAGGCGCCUUACUGGAUAUUGGUAUCUACUGUGUUCAGCUGGCCUGCAUGGUUUUUGAUGGGGAGAAGCCAGAGUCCAUUGUGGCCUCGGGGUUCCUGCAUGAAACAGGUUAGUAUUGGGUUGGUCCUGGUCGCCUCUAGAGGUCAGUAUUUUGCACCAGGGAUUCAAGGGUAUACCAGAUACAGUGGUACCUUGGUUCUCACACUUAAUCCGUUCUGGAAGUCUGUUCCAAAACCAAAGCAUUCCAUAACCAAGGCGCGCUUUCCCAUAGAAAGUAAUGUAAAAUGGAUUGAUCCGUUCCAGACUUUUAAAAAGAACCCCUAAAACAGCAAUUUAACAUGAAUUUUACUAUCUAACGAGACCAUUGAUUCAUAAAAUGAAAGCAAUAAACAACGUACUGCAGUCACACAAUCAAUCAGUCAGUAGCUGGACUCGGUUCCACACAGUCACAAAUACAAAGCAAAAAAGCCGCAAAAACAAAAACGCAAAAUAAAUAGCAAAAACAGACAGACCUCAGUGUAACACUCAAAGCGGAAGCGUGGCACUCAAAGCGGAAGCGUAACACUCAAAAUGGAGCACAUUCAACUUCCCAAAAAAGUUUGCAAACCAGAACUUACUUCCAGUUUUGCAGUGUUUGGGUUCCAAGUUGUUUGAGUACCAAUGCAUUUGAGAACCAAGGUACCACUGUGGUAAGGUCACAAAUAUAAGCCACAUUUUAACUUUUCAUGACCCAAAUUUUUUUUUGGGGGGGGUGAGUGCGGAUUAUAUUUGGGCCAAUGCAGUACUUAGUAGAAAGGCUGCAUUGUGCUUUAAAUGUAUGGUGUGUGUACACAGCCCAGUUGGUGAAAAAUUGCCUUCAGGGGUAUAAAAUGUGCAAAUAGGUCCAGACUAGGUAGGAAAAACAAGAUCUCAGUGUGCAGUGGAUGCAGAAUAUGAUGUGCCUAACACAGCCUAACUGGCAUGUGGAUAUGUCCACUGUUGCUUGUUUUCCCCAAGACGUAGAUAAAACAGCUUCAAUCAUCCUGAACUACUCUGGCCAACGCCAAGCUGUCCUCACUUAUACCAUGAUGACCUGGAUGCCCAACAAAGCCAGCAUCACUGGCACCAAGGGGAUAAUCGAGGUAAGUCCUGGACCACAUGGAGAAGGGGAUACACUUUGCAUCUUCCUGGAAACAAAAGGAGGCUUCAGGAGGAUCACAAUCCAGAAUUCCGUAGGCUCCUCUAGCGACCUAACCUCAUCCCUUCCUGGUCAAAAGGGUAAGGAAGGACGGUUUGGGUGGGUGAGGGUAGGAGAGAGAAAAGCACACAUACACACACACAUAUGUGUGUAUCUGGAGACCGUGGAGUUAAAACAACAACAACCACCAGGUAGAAAUUUAUUUAAUUUGCACAUUUUGCACUGAAUGGAAGAAUCAGUUUUUGACCUAUGUGCAAAAUGUUGUGGAAAACAUAAAUGUCAGCAUAAGCACGGCCCGGAGCUUCCCUCCUGGGAAAGUUUGAGCCCCAUAACUAUAUAUUUACAAAUGAAUUGCCCCCAAUAACCCCUUUCUGAGAGUUCUAGGGCCUGUUUUGGUAUAUGCUUCCUCUCACAACUGUGUUCGGCAGAUUCCCGGUCCCUUCUGGUGCCCAGGAGAGUUGGUUGUCAAUGGACAGAAGGAAGAGUUUCCUCUUCCUCAUCCUUCCCAAAAACUGUACUUCAUCAACUCCACUGGCCUGCGCUAUGAAGCAGAACACGUCAGGCAAUGUCUCCUUCAAGGUAAAAGUCUUGGGCACUCCUGGGCAGACUGUGUGCAGCAGCAGAGCAUCUUGACUUAUUCUCCUUUCUCUUUCCUCUCCCUCAGGCCUGAAGGAGAGCCCCAUCAUGUCUCAUGGAGACAGCGAGCUUCUCCACUCUAUCCUGGAUGAAAUCCGUAGGCAGCUUGGGGUGUCCUAUCCUCAGGACCACGCAUGACCCAUUUCAGGCUUGAUUUCAAUGGCCUCGCUCAUACAUGCGAGGCGGCAGCUAGACCAGAUUUUACUCUUAGAAACCUCAGUCUGGUGGAUUUGCAACAAAUGUUGAUUGUAAGCUUUAGAAUAAAAUGCAGUUAGAUGCGAAGGGGACGUCUGCUUAUUAUGUGAACCACACCCGCCAUGAGAUGUCGAUUUAUUUAACGUUCUGUAAAUAGAAGCCUAUGAUUUGUUGUGUUUUGCCUUUUUCUGAGUUUUGUAGCCUCUCAAUUUUCUCUCUCCAAAUUUGGCAUUUUAAACUUAAGGUUUGGAGCUGGAGCAGGUAAAAGAUUCGACUCAACCCAAACAGGAGUUGCAGGAGCCAUCAAUCAGCUGACCAGUGGUGCUGGUAAAGACCUGGGCUUCGCAAACCCCAACCAACUGAUCAUCAGGUCUUGUAAAGUAGGGAGCCUCACAUGACCCGAGGAUCAGCAGACUGAACUUGCCAAGUGCUAAGCCUGGGGCUUGCCGGGGCCUCUGCAUAGUGGUCUGCAAGCACUGACCAUGAUUGUCAGCAUUUUGCAGGCUGUGCCUUUGUCCGCAUACAUUGUGCCAGUAUGAGGACAAAGCUGAUAUGCUUGGUUAGAGUUUAACCAUUGCUGACAUUAAUCAAUAAUGUUGAAAAAGCUGUGUGUCUGCCCUCUCUCUGCCAAGUGGUGGCAAAAGCCCAUGGAGCCCCAGGCACACACACAGGAUCUGUGUCCCUUUGGAGAAUAGAAGACACGGAAGAAAGAUGGUUUAUUCACCUAUUUACACUUUCAGACUGCAUGGAGUCCAGAUCUUACAUGGCCCACAGCAGUGCAGGGAACCUUUUGUCUCCCUUUCCAAGAUGGAUCUCAGCCCUUCUUCCUCCUUCUCUCUCCCAGAAACCCCUUGCUUGAAAACUCGCCUUUCCUGUCCUCUCAGCUGGAUGUCAUUCUAGAGUGAAUGCUUUGAAUAAUUUCUUUUAUGUAAUGCACAGGGGGGAAAUUGAAGAACCCCCCCUUUCCCCCCCUUUGGUGUUCUCUGCUCUGGGCUAUUUUUGGGGUCCAAAAUGGGUGGUUGGUGGAAGGACUCUGAGUGAGAAGUAGGGAAGGGAAGACCUCCCAAGGUGUUAUGUACAGUGGUGCCCCGCAAGACGAAUGCCUCGCAAGACGAAAAACUCGCUAGACGAAAGGGUUUAGCGAUUUUUGAGUCGUUCCGCAAGACGAAUUUCCCUAUGGGCUUGCUUCGCAAGACGAAACGUCUUGCGAGUUCUUGCGAGUUUGUUUCCUUUUUCUUAAAGCCGCUAAGCCGUUAAUAGCCGCUUAGCCGCUAAUAGCCGUGCUUCGCAAGACGAAAAAACCGCAAGACGGAGAGACUCGCGGAACGGAUUAAUUUCGUCUUGCGAGGCACCACUGUACUGAAGUUUUCACCCUGGGCCAGCAGGGGGAUACUGUAGAUAGUUUUCACUCAGGUUCACAUAUGCAAAUAAGGAAUUGAAAGUGACGUACAGUGAUUGGAUAGUUACAGAAAGUUGUUACUGUUGCGUUGUAUUGGAGCUCUAUAUAAGCAGGCUGGCUGAACCCUUCAGUUCAGUUCAGUUCUGGCCUGUGAAUAAACAAGAGCUGUCUGAAGAAUCACUGUGUCAUCUGAUAUGUUCACCCACAACUUAACAGUGAGAGACUGGGAGAAGGAAAGCUCCCAGGUGAGAGAUGCGAGGGUCCACCACUUUCUGUGUGAGACAAGAGCUACCUUUGAGAGGGGCCUCACCUUUUUUCUUUUCUUUCUCUCUCUUUGUUUUUAUUUAGAUUAAUUUAUUUUAUUGUACAGU